GCCGCUACCCCGCCAACGCCAUCAUGCCCCCCGUCAAUGUCGUCCACCUGCCCAAUGGCCAGAACCUCAGCGUCACGCCCGUCUUCGGCGGCCUCUUCUUCAAGUCCAGCGACAUCCACACGCACUCGCCCUUUCCACCCGGCUGGACCGUCGUGCUCAAUUCCGAGGAUGAAGUCGACACGCUCGACGACGAGCAGCAGCUGCAGCCGCAAGAGGGCGAGGAGGACCUCUUCCCCCCGCGCCGCGUGCACCGCUUCAAGCGCCCGACGCUGAGCGGCGACCACCUCUACAUCUCGUCCAUCUCCAAUCCCAGCAGCAGCGAGUUCCGCCCCGCCGCCUCGCCCACGCGCCAGAUCGCCAUGAUGCUGUGGGCCACGCUGUACUGGUACUUCCACCAGCCCGAGCCGACGCUGCAGGUCACCAAUGCCAUGUCCAAGAACACGGCCGAUGCAGGCAAGCCCAAGGGCGAGUGGAGGAUCAACAUCAACAGAGAGGGCGUCUUCAAGGGCAAGGUGGUGCUGCCCAAGCUCGAGCGCAUGGGGCUCAUCGCAACCGAGGAUUCGAGCGUGGGCUGCGCUCAAGAGGAAUCGUCGCCUGAGGGCUGGUCGCGCAUGUUUGUCAGUCGGCGCACCUUUUGGCAGCUCGACCCUAGGAUUUACCUGUUCACUCUCUCACCGCUGGCUAACAACAACUCGCCCUUUCCAUCAGCAUCGCCGUACCCCUCGCGACCGGCGUCGCCCGCCGCGGGAGCUGAGCCCAAGGAGCAACAGGUAGAGCAAGUCUCUCAAGGCCUGUGGUCGCCCACUGCGCCAGGUCCAUUCCACUCGAGCUCGCACCUGCCGACCUACUAUCCCCCGCCGCCAGCCCAGUACGUCUUUACCAACAACGUCCGACACCCGAUACGUCCGAAGCCACCGCGACAGGGCGAGAUACUGUAUACAAGAUACAUUCCCAGCGUCGGGCAGUAUCUCUCGUUCCGCGUGGCGUCCAUUUCUUCCAAGGCACUGCGUUACCAAGGCCCCGUGUCGCAUCCACCGAACCCGCAUCGAAGCAGCGGGACUGCCGCGCCCGACUCUCCCUUGUCUGCGAGCAGCACAGGCGGCAAUGGCAUGUCGGAUGUGGAAUACCUGCACAAGUGGAUGAAUGACCCCCGCGUGGCGCAUUUCUGGGGCGAAGCGGGUCCCCAGUCGCACCAGGAAGAGUUUCUGCGGAAAGGACUGCAGUCUAGAAACUCGUUCCCCGUCAUCGGAUGCUGGGACGGCAAGCCGUUUGGCUAUUUCGAGCUGUAUUGGGUCAAGGAGGACAAUCUCGGCAAGCACUUACCCAUGGUUGGCGAUUACGACCGAGGCUUCCAUUUGUUGGUGGGCGAGCAAGAGUUCCGUGGCCCGCAUCGGAUUCGCAUCUGGCUAAGCGCGCUGGUGCACUACUGCUGGCUGGCGGACAACCGGACGGAGAGAGUCAUGUUGGAGCCGCGGGUGGACAAUGAAAAGCUUGCCAAUUAUCUGCAAGAAGCAGGCUUCUACAAGGAGCGCGAGAUUAGUUUUCCACACAAGCAGAGCAACCUGUUCAAGAUCAACCGGGACGUGUGGCGGGGGCCUGCGUUGUAGUCCGCGGAGAUGAGUGUGGAGUUGGGCAGAGCCGCAUGAACGGCGGAGGCCAGAGCAUUGUGGAGUAGGCGAGAUCAGAUAUAGGUCUAGGCUGUCGUUCCCGGGGCGUGAAGUCCAGUCCCGCAUGGGAUGCAGCGACUUUAUCUCUGGCCUGUCAGAAGCUUACAGCGGGCUGAGUGUUGAGAGUGAUUAAACUCUUCAUAGACUAUUCACAAUAACCCACAAACUCAACCGUCUGAAAUGUGACUGGCUCGGUCCGACUCGCUGACAGUGGCUGGUGGGAUAUUAGGCCCAUUGACGUGCGAUAGCAAUGU